AUGCAUAAGAGCUUUAUAUCUAUUAAGCUCCUUCAGGCUGUCCUGCCUGGGAAGAGUAUAAUAACCGGCAAAGUAUACGAGAAUGCAAUUGGUUAUGACCGCUGUGCAGCAUAUUGGGGCCAUGAAGACGCCAGUGAUAUGCUCAAUAUGUCUGAAGGUGGCCUUUCCCUGAUCAAGAGCGAGCUAUUAGAACGUUGUGGCCUAGAAUAUGACGAGCUGGUUGAGGUCCUCCAGACUAGCUUUAUGAAAGGUCGCACCAUCAUCACAUCAUAUGAUGGAUGCUCUUCAAUUCCCCAGGAACUAGAAGCACUAAGGCUGCGAGCUUCUGUCUUGGUGAACGCAAAUGGUGCUCUCACUGAGUCUAUUUGUAGUGAUCUACAGAGCUUCAUUCGCCUCAGACACCGCCUUGGAUGGGAUACCAGCACUCUGGAUGCGGCACUCUAUUCUCUUAGCCAGUCCAAGCCUGCCAGUUUUACUGGCAUUGAUGCUGGAAUGGUCAAUGGACUAGCAACUCUCAAGCACUUGAGUGAGCUAAGCAACGUUCCAAUUAUAGAGAUAUGCCCUCUGUUUGGUAACAUCGAUCGCAACGGGACGCAAUCACUGUAUAGUCGCUUGUGCAAGCGCAGUGGGUUCCGGCUAGCGGAUGACGCAUUCAGCCUGGAAGCAGCGGAACCUAUAUCGGCCAAGCACUCUGCUGUAGCCGCAUUGUUGGGCGCGUCUGCUACAAAAUUGCAAAUUGUGUUAAACUCAUGUGGGCUGGAUGUAUCAUCCCCGCUGACACUGGAAACCCUUUCGGCUAUGUAUCGCACGCAGAAGCUUGCGUCUAUGUUUGGCAUAGAAAUGAAGCAGUAUAGUUCACUGGUAACUUUAUAUAGCUUCGAUACUCGUACUGCUAUCUCAAGCCCGUCAUAUGUACUGGCCAGCUUGAAACAGUGGAGGAUGCUCCAAGAAGCUGGUUUUACCCUCGAUCUACUCUGCAAGUUCCUUGGUUGCGACCAGACGGACCUUUCGAAUGACUCUGAAAGACUUUCACAGACAAUGUUUGCCGGGAUUCAGAGCAUCGUAUCACAAUGGCCUGAGGUAAAAGUUGGAAAUACGUAUACAGAAGCCGAUGUGGCGGCCGCAGCGGCAGCCAUCGAUAGGGAACGAUCUACCGAGCUGAUCGAUUAUAUUGAAGGCAAGUUGAGCCAAAGAAUGGCAAGUCCUAUUGUCUGCACCACAGUUGAAAGCUCAACGACGACUGUGCAACGAGUUCCUGACACGCUACGAGAGCAUCUUUCUAUCUUCCGGGACGCAAAGCAGACGAAGACGCAUCUCAUUUCCACGAGCUGCUCGGAAGAAGAUUCGGACGCAGCAGAUCGUGUACAGCAAUCAGUUUCUGGCCUGGACACAGUUUCAGUCAAGUCAUUGCUAUCAGAAGGAUCACCAAAUUCUCUGGAUCGAACUACCAACAGCCUGUUGGGGUUCUGUGCCGGAGGAGCGCUCGUUCCGCCUGUUAAUGGUGGCUUUCAGGCCGACGUCAGCGCGCUCACUCGCAACAUUCAGCGCAUAGAAGGAAUUCUCACCCAACUUGACAUAACACCCAAAGAGCUACGGGUCCUUCUACCGUGUCACAAGUUGGAAAGCUCAUUUGAACUGGACUCUAUAGUGAUGCUCGUUCAUUAUACGAAGCUACGAGCUUCACUGUCACCUUCCCAAGCAUCUGCCUGUAUCACCCUUUUCGAAUCCCAAACAGAAGCCAAUUCGAACCCCACAAACGCAGUCAAACGAAUCGCCAAUGCCACUGGAUGGUGUUUCUCUACUCUAAACACCAUUUUCAAUUCUAGGUAUCCUAUUUCUGCAGAUUCCGAGGCCGAAACAGCAUCUAGAAGUCCAAUCAAGUUAUUGCAGAUACAACGUGUUCUUGCGGCGUGUACCAAGCUUGACAUCAUGGAUGCGCAGAUCAAUGAACUGUUCGGCUAUUUAAAUGACAUAGGAACCGCAGACAAAGCGUUUUCCUUCGCAGAAUUGCUACGCGAAAAAGUCAAGGCUCGUUGCUCUGAAACACCAGCCAGCGCCCUAAGAAGCACUCAGACUGGCAUGAAUAGACUGAAAGAGCGGCGUCGCUCGGCCCUGACUGACUAUCUCCUAAUGGAUGAUGACUUGCAGCUCCUUCGACUUGCGUCAGCCGAUGAUCUCUAUGACUACUUCCUCAUUGAUGUCAAGAUGGGUGCUGAGAUGGAAACGUCACGAAUUCGUCAGGCCAUCUCUACCAUCCAGCUGUUUGUGCAGACGUGUUUCUUGGGAAUCGAAGAGAAGUAUGGCGUACCUGCCGCCGCCGUCAGAAGUCUAAAGAGUCGCUGGGGCACCCUCGGACGCUUUACUACCUGGGAAGCUAACCGGCGAGUAUUCCUCUUCCCUGAAAACUGGAUUGACCCGACUCUCCGUGACACCAAAACAGAGCCCUUCAAGGCUCUUGAGGCUUCUAUUCUACAAGGGGAUCUAACGGAAGAGUUUAUCUCGAAUGCGAUCAAGUCAUAUGUCUAUACAGUUCAGCCUAUCGCCCAUCUGGAUGUCCAGGCAUACCUCUGGGAUAAAGGCGACAAUGACCGCGCUCGUUUCCACUUUUUUGCCCGAACGCGUACAGAGCCGCAUCAGUAUUUUUACCGGUGUCUUGAACUCGAGCCAUUUGGUAAACUUGAACUGUUACCGUACUGGUACCCUUGGACCACCCUCGACAUCGGCACGCCGCCGCAAGCUGUCGACAACACCGGGGAAGCACAACCGAAGCCUGGCGCUUACAUGAUCCCCACACUUGUACGAGGUAGAAUCAUGCUAUUUGUUCCAGAGAUCUCGCUUAAGUCGAAGCCAUCCGAGGAAUUCGCCACCCAGAGCAUUACGACCAUGGCCACCAUGCCGCUCAACACGGCACAGCCGACCACCAAAUACUGGGAAAUCAAGAUGGCGUGGAUGGAGUUAAGAGACUCUAAGUGGUCUCCGCGUGUUGUAUCACCCGAUUCCCUAGUGGUUGAAGAGACAGCGAAGGAUCCCCUUCCAGCCAUUUCGGCGUUUCGCUUCCGGGUACGGGCUCGCUCGGCGAUGGACACGAGAACGGACCUGGCAGCAAAGUUUGCCACAGGUGUCGAUGGCAUUCUUGUGUUAGAUAUCGAAAGCUGGCGCAAAAUUAACAAUGUUAUUGAGCCUCGUUAUCUGGGCCAGUUUGAGAUGCGAGGAACUGAGCUAUAUCGGACUCAGAAUCUCGAGCCUGUAUUUGAUCAAGACUUGGAACCGACAACUUUGCCUACUAGAUUCUCCAAGCUAGAUUGGACAGUGGCUGAUAGGCACACUCGCCAAGUUCCUGGUCAACAAUUUCCGUCUUACGAACUCCAGUAUAGAAAGAAAGAGUCAGGCUCGGACACAACGAAAGCUUGCAUGGAACAGCCUCUUCUUGUUAAAAUCGGCGAGGACCCUAAAGACCCCCAGGAUCUAAGCUGGACACUCACGUUUGACGAUACACAGUCUUCACGACCUCUAGGAUUAUUAGUAGACGUUAAGAAAGCAUCCAGUGGCGCUCAAACAUUCUUCGCCCGGCCACGCACCAAGGAGCUCGAGAAUGAAGGAGAAGAUAUCUUAUCAGCAGUUGACGUCUUUCCUUUCCACCACACCUUCUCGAACAACCUCCUCGACGCGGCUGUCACAGAGCCAUCAGUGGCAGGAAUCUACAGGGCAAUCAGCACUCGAGAAGGUGACUCGAACGCUUUUGGACUUUACGCAGACAAACUCUAUCAUGAAUUGUUUGACGCUUAUUCAGUGUACAACUGGGAAUUAGGCGUGCAUACCGUUUCGCUGCUGAUGGAACGUUUAUUGGCCAGACAGCAGUUUGAUCUUGCCCUCCAAGUUGCCCACCUCUUAUUCGACCCUACAAAGAAUCCCGACAAGCCUAGCAAUUGUUGGUCAUUUCCCCCUUUCAGAGAUAUCAAGGCGAUAAAGGGCCAAUCAAUCCGUUCAAUUUUGACGUCGCUGGCGCGGAAGGAGUCCAAGCUCUCGUAUACUGACGUUGCCAUUGCUGAGUGGAAAAAGAACGCUUUCAACGCACACAGUAUCGCAAGAGGGAGGCCUGCGGCGUAUAUGCGACGUGUAGCUCAGAAAUACGUCGAGACACUCAUUGCAGCGGGUGAUGCCUACUUCAGACAAGCCACUAUGGAGAGCAUCCCCAUGGCUAUCCAACGCUAUAUCGAAGCGGCACAUGUCCUUGGUCCACGACCAGUCCAAGUCAAGAGCAUCGGUAAGAGGAAACCGCUCACGUUCAAUGGGCUCAUUAAUAAGGGUAAACUUGACACCUUCUCUAACCCAUCGAUAUGGAACUCGAGUUUCCUUAUUCAUGCCUACAACAUGGACAAGGAGGAAAUAAGUCCCAGCCAGACUCUUCGAAGGCAAAGAAAGGCUUGCUGGGCUUCCUUGCAACAACAUACUUCUACAUUCCAACAAUCCUCAACUUACAGCGCUAUGGGAUCUCAUUGGCCAUCGCCUGACUGCCAGGACAUCAACGGUAUGGCCCUCCGCUUGCCGCUCUUCGAUCCGCCCAUUGAUCCAGGUAUGCUUGUCAAUGCUGCUGCUGCUGGAAAUGCUGGUGUUUCCACUGUGAUGGGAGAACUGGACUCUCCUCUUCCGAACUACCGCUUCAUUUAUUUGGUCGGGAAGGCUGUUGACAUGGUCAACCAGUUAAGCAGCUUGACAGACAUGUUUCUUUCUGCCAAAGAAAAGGGGGAUUCAGAAGCCUUUUCUCAAUUGAAAGCUCACCAGGAAUCCGUGAUGCAGGCUUUAUACCGUGAACAGAAACUUCUACAGAAAGAGGAGGCGGAGAAAAGUAUCGCUGCGCUCCGAGAUCUGCGACAGAAUCACGAAAGCCGCCUUACAUACUACCUUCGCUUGAUUGGUGAAGAUCCCAAUACCAUGAUCCCAGACAAAGACACCCAAUGGACUGAUAUCGAGCAAGCAAUAAGCUCACCAUUCAAGGAUGAUCUUCGCAUGUCUGGAGAAGAGAAGCUUGAGUUCGAAAAGUCCCAAGAGGCAGCGGGUCUGUCUUUCACUGCAACAAUCUUGGAUACCACGGCAUCGACACUGAUGGCGCUUCCCAACCUCAUGACGCAAACACAACCAAUGGGUGUCGGCGUUUCUCUUAAAGUCGACGCAGAGAACAUAGCUAAGUGCAUGGGGGGUAUGUCCACAGUCAUGAAGCUCAGGGCUCAGAUGUGUGAGAUGGAAGGUGGUCGUGCCUCGCGGCGAGGAGGCCUCAUCAAGCAGUUGCAAGAUAGGCGCGCCCAAGCGAAUAUGGCAGGACGGGAGAUCAAACAGGUCGACAAACAGAUCGAGUCAGCUCUAGUACGAGUUCGCAUCUCCGAAGCCGAUAUCAAGGCACAACAAGAGAGUAUCCAGCAAGCGGCAGCGACAGAGGCAUGGUACAAGUCGAAGUACACGAAUGCGGCCCUCUACGCAUGGAUGGAAAACAGAACCCGAGCGUUGUGCUUUGAUGCUUAUGGACUAGCAAUGGACCUGGCUCGAAAGGCAGAGAAAGCUUUCCAGUUUGAAAGAGGGCCACACAAAGCUGCCACGUCCGAAUUCAUAAGCAGCAAAGGGUACUGGAAUAACGGCCAUGACGGUCUUUUAGGGGCACAGACUCUACUUUUAGACUUGCGCCGCAUGGAGGCUGCGUAUAUGGAGUGCUCUCCGUUUGACUUUCAGAUCCAGAAGAAUGUUUCUCUACGUCAGAUUAGUCCCCUUGCGCUCAUGAACUUGAGAAUGACUGGCGUUGCCGUCUUCUCUGUCCCAGAGUCUCUGUACGAUCUCGACUUUCCCGGCCACUACUUCCGACGUCUCAAAUCUGUCGCUGUCAGUAUUCCCUGCGUCACAGGCCCAUACGCAGGCCUCAAUUGCACACUCAGCCUCCUAGAACACAGCUAUCGUAUAAGCCCACUGGCAUCAAGUGGAGACUAUAUACGCCGAGAAAGUGAUGAUCGCUUCCGCACCGAUCGCAUACCCGUCAGUUCGAUUGCUCUCAGUCAACGUAGUGCUGAUAGUGGUGUCUUUGAACUCAACUUCAACAGUGAGCGAUACCUGCCUUUCGAAAAUGCGGGUGCAAUUAGCACAUGGAAACUAGAGUUGCCGCAACAUGUCCGCCAAUUCUCCUAUGAAACCAUCAGCGAUGUUAUUUUGCACCUCAAGUACACAUCACGCCAGGGAGGAGCGCAGCUCCGCACCUCAGCUGUGGAUGCUGUGAGUCGCCUAAUGGCCGCUGCCGAUGGUGUUAGCGAGAGUGAUGGAUUGUUUGCUCUGAUUGACGUCGCUAGUGAUUUCGCAAACGCUUGGGCAUUAGCUCAAUCUCAAGCUCAGACUGGACAAGCUGGCGAUCUCCUGGUUUCUAUGGGCGACAUUGGCGUGGUACUACCCUACUGGUCCGUCGGCUACGCCGUUAAGAUCCAGUCUGUCACACUCAUCUCGCGCUGUAGUUCAGAGGUCGGCGCUAGCUUCUCUGUCGACUUGCUCUAUGGCAAAAAUAAUGAAAGAAGCUUUGGGGACAAUGCCAGCCGUAAUGAUGGCUGGGAUGUUCGUGAGAUCUCGAAUCUUGAUGCUGACGUCGCCAAUUGGGGGCUACGAUUGAAGCGCAAGAAUCAGGGCGGGGAUCUAAAACUCGCAUCGGUUAAAACCAUGUACUUAAUCAUGCAGUACACGAGGACACAGCAAUUGCCUAGAGUUUGA